UUGGAGGAACAAAAAGAAGAGAACUGUAUUACGCAAAAGGUCAUUCAACAAAUAGUAACAAUAAAAGCAACAAAAUGCAGGGAAUGAGCUUGUCCAGUCUUAAAAAACACAAAGCACUUAUCCCCCUUUAUGCAUGCGUUGGAGUUGGUUGUGCUGGGGCUGUUUUCUACACCUUAAGAUUAGCUCUACGUAAUCCCGAUGUAGGCUGGGUAAACAAGAGUGAAAGGCUUUCCAAUGAAGCAUAUGCAGCAAAACAGUAUAAGUUCUACUCCCCAAAUAUUGACUAUUCCAAGCUGGAAAGUCCUGCUCCCAAAUACUAAUUUGUUGUAUAUUGUUUAGUUACAGCUAGUUUAUUUAAAAUAUAUUUACUGUAGUAGUAAUAA